GGCGUCGAGCAGAAUAUUGUCAAUUUGAGUUUAGUUCCGUUCGGAUAAGCAUCAGCCGAAGCCAAAAGUAAAGAAAAGGAAUUCACCGCGAGUGUCGUCCGAGAGUGUCCCGAGUGUGAAGCAAAAGAAUAUGAAGCUGUUAAUCUGUGUACUUAGUUUGUGCGCCCUGGCCGCCGCUCAGGAUAACUUCAAGGAAUGCCUGGAUAAGGAUUCGAUCUCCUGCGUGCAGAUGAUGUUCUACCGCAAGGCCCGCGAGUUCUUCGACCAGCCCCAGAUCAGCCUCGCCGGCGGUCUGUCCUUCGUGAAGCCGGCCGGUCGCGAGUCCCGCUCGUUCAACGCCGACAGUGCCAUCGUCGAGUCCGCCAACAACGUCGAAAGCCGCGAGGAAGCCCUGGAGAACUACGUCCUGGAGCGCACGAAGAACUUCUUCCAGGAGCGCUCGCUCAACCUGGACAUGGCCAGCGCCGCCCGCAGCAUGUCGACCGUCCUGCCCGAGGAGGUCAAGUCCUCGAUGCGCGCCCUCGUCUCGGAGGCCCGCGGCAAGAAGAAGCUGCUCAAGUCCCUGCUGCCCAUCCUCGGACUGGUCAAGCUGAAGAUCGUCGGUCUGGCCAUCUUGGCUCUGUUCGGCAUUGCUCUGAUUGCCAAGAAGGCUUUGAUCGUGUCCGUGAUCGCCCUGGUCCUGUCCAAAUUCCUGUUCCUGAAGAAACUGCUGUCCGGAAAGAAGGAUGACUCCCACGCCUACCACGGAUCUUCCGGUGGAUGGGCCGAAUCUAGCGGCUAUGGUGACUACGGUGCCCACAGCCAGCCUGCCCACUCGAUCGCCUACGCCGGACACAAGCCCGUCCGAAAGUAAGCGACUUUCCACGACAGUAGUGAGGCGCCAUAUUGGAGACUGACCCUCGCGGUUUAGCCUCUGCAAGCACUUACACCAACCGAGAGAAAUCCCACUCACCACACCCCGCCCUGCGGAAGGCUGCGCCGAAUCAUGACGCGUAUGCCACGAGGAGAAAGAGAACGAGACAAAUUAAUUUAUUGAAAUUAUUUAUUACCACACACGCGUUUUUCGUUCGAGCGAUUAAUUUAUUUGUUAGCGUUAACGAGAUUCAUGUCUUGAUGUUGUUGAGAUUUUUUGUUUUCUUGUUUAGGAUCUUUUUCUCUUGUCUAUCAACGCCUUUGAACUCACUCUCAUCUUCAUCUGCAUUUGUUUUUCGAAACUACAUUCCUAACGGCGCAGUUCCUCGUUUUCGGAGGGACUCGCCACCGCUCUGUAAAUCUUUAUCUAUUUUACACAUUCUAGUCUAUAUUUUAACUCUCGCGCAAGGCUGAUUAAGGUAAUUUGAUCAGUGCCAGAGAAAGCUGAAAAUAGAAUAAUUUUGCUACCUUACCUGCGAACGAAGCUCAUCUAUCCUAGCGAACUGCUGCAUUUCACAAUCUAUUUUCUUCUUCCCACGAUUCUGUCCAGUAGCCAUCCAAAACCCUUCUUCCGGUGAAAAAACCCCUCUUGGUGAAGUGACGCGCAAAGUAACCUCUUCACACUAUCUACUACUUCAAAUCUUUUACCCGAAUCUAGAUCUUGACACUCUUCUACAGUGUCCGAUAUCCAGCUCUUCCAAGCAACGUUUUCUCCCAAAGAAACGGUGUGCUCUUUACCCCGUUUCACCCCGCUUUCCCCCACAUUCGUCUCCGACCCGAAAGCUCUUAAUUUUGCGCCACCACCAAUCACCAAAACGGGAAGUCACUCGGCUCCGCUGCUUUCCACACGUCUUAUCGUGUCCGGAACUCAUCGGGAUCCGACCGGACAAACUGCCUGAUUGGCACGCGGCCACGCCAGAGAAAGCCAAAAGCGAGGACCACUUAAUGCCACUUCUGUAAAACUAAAGAAAAAAAUGGGUACUGUUAUUAACUCUGAUUCCAUUUCACUGCAAUGGUAGUUAUCUUUUUUCCCGGGCAUCUCUCCGAUGCCGUCUUAUUUUCAUACUUCCCAUCUGUUGUUUCACCUUCCGAAAAAAAGACUUACCUCUGCUAAUCUAAACCACACACACUCACUAUCUCUCCCAAUCUGUACCUACUGCCAGACGAUAUUGGUUGUUUCAAUUUUCACACUUUUUCAUCUCCACUCGAGAAAAAGAAAAGAAGAAAAUAAGCGAAGAAGAAAUACUUGUGAAAACCACUUGUAAAUAAAAUAGUUGAAAAAAAAAA